AUGGUCACAAAACCCGUCCUCUCCGGUCGCGCCGCGAAGCUCGAGAAGCUUUUCUACUCGUUCAUCAAUGGCGAUCGCUCUGUGCAAAAUUCGCAAGAGGCCAAACAAUUCUUUGAAGCAGUGGACAUUGUUUGUGAGCAUACUUCGACUAUAGCCUGUGUUGAACGCAUGCUUGGAAGAAAGGAAGGAUUGAGCGCCGUGAGAGUCGCAAUUCGCAGCAAUCUGUCGCGUGCAUUCAUUACAACCACAACAACAGCCUUCCUCAAACGGGUCUUGCACCCUAGUGUCAAAACCAUCAAUGAUGGGUUAUUUCUCGAAAAGUUGUUGAUCGAAAUUCUGUCACCUUCUACUUUUUGGACUACGUUCCUUGGAUUUUAUCAAUCCAACGAACUCGAAGGCGAGAGUUUAUUUGCAUUUGCGUCUCUCUGUCUGGAGAUUGUGUGCUCGUCGUCGCCCGACAUCCAAGUGCUUUUCCAUGACGUGGAAUUACUCAUGAAAACUUCUCCCUUAACGAAAUCCCCUUCGGAAGACGUGCGCACUAUUGGCUACCGCAUCGAAAAGGUGAUUCAGCUUCGCAAAGGGCCGGCAAUGGCAUCAAUCAAGAUGAACUACAGCCCCGGUGGCAGACACGACAAUGACUUUGCAGACUUUCGUCAGAUAUCCAUAUUCCCUACAGCAGAUGAAGUGAGCUCUAAGGAAGAGCCGUUUCUCCAACGAUUGGAUGAUGUGUUUGAGAUUCCAAGGGAGUCACGAACAAGCAGUUAUAUUUCUUGGUUAUUCAGGCUUCUUCGUGAGGAUAUGCUUGCAGAUUUGAGAGAAGAUCUGCAAAUAGCGUGGGGACAGAAAAAAGCCAAGUAUAAGCCACUAUGCUUGGGUGGUCUCAACUUGGUAAACUACGAUCUCGGAACUCCUUUUCGCGCGAAGCCAUUUACGUUGAUGGUUCAGUGCAAGGAGGGAAUCAACUUUCCUCAAAACAAGCGUUCCCCGGAGGCCAAGAAGAAGCAUCUCGACGAAUACAAAAAUUUUAUUAAGCAUGGGUCCAUCGGAGCUCUUUGCGUGGAUAAAUCCAUCAUCGCAUUUGGCUCUAUCAUGCGCGAGGUAGAUUGGCUUAUUAGAGAUCCUCCGGUGAUUGGAAUACAACUUACGGAUAAUGCUGGGCUGAAGUCGGCAAUCAAAACUUUAUUGGGAAAGAAUUGCUCUGAGCUAAAGUUUUAUGUCGUCGACACCGCAACAUUUUCCUAUGAACCAAUUUUACAGCGCUUGAAGGAGGUCACGGAGAUCCCAAUUGAGAAUGCCAUUCUUGAUCCUGCGGGGCCUCCGUCUGAAUAUAACCCUCCCCCAAAGCUCCAGGCUUUCAUCGAAGUCCUCAAAUCGAGCCUGAAGCGUAAAAUGGCGGUGGAUUUGGGGGCCACUUUAGGCAUCAGCCUCGCUGUUAAGAUUCGGGAUGCACAGCUUGAGUCGCUAAUCAAGGGUUUGGAGAAUCCUUUGGGCCAGAUUCAAGGUCCACCAGGAACUGGCAAAUCUUUCAUCGGGGCGAUAAUCGCACGAGUACUCAUGGAACUUACUGAUUAUCGAAUUUUGGUCCUAAGUUAUACAAAUCAUGCCUUGGAUCAAUUCCUUGAGGACCUCAUGGAUAUUGGCAUAGACGGUGGUCAUAUGGUUCGGAUUGGCUCCAAGGCUACACCGAGAACUGACGCGCUGCGAAUCGACACCCUCUCAAAAGAUGCUCAGGUUCGAUCCAGUGCUGAUGUCAAGCAAAUGCUAAGUGCAACCAAGAAUGAACAGCUGCAGACCAAGACGCAACUAGAAGAUUUUAUAACAACAUUGAAAUCGCAAGUUCGGCAUCAAGAUAUUCUAGAUAUGCUGGAAUUUUCUGAGUCCGGAAUGAGCUACUGGAAUGCAUUCCAAAUUCUUGAUGAUGUACAAAUUGCAGGAAAGAAUAGCAAGGCUCUGAAGCCUACUGAUAUUCUCAAUUAUUGGCUCAAUGGAGAGUAUUUAUCAUCAUUGGGAAUGGUGGCUGCGUAUAUAGAGCCUCAACAUUAUCCCAUUUGGAAUAUUCCACCGCCACGCCGAAUGGAACUUUAUGCACUAUGGAAGAGCCAAAUUCGUCAAGAGCAGGUUGACGAGUUCGCCCAACUAGCGGAAACUGCUAAUAACCUCUACCGACAAAUAGAUAGCCUUUUCAAGGAAAGCAAGAGAAACGUCGUGAAGAACAGACGCAUUAUUGGCUGCACUACGACAGGAGCAGCAAUGUACCAGUCUAUCAUUAGAGCGGCUAGCCCAGAUAUUGUUCUUGUUGAAGAGGCCGGCGAAAUUCUCGAAGCUCAUGUCAUCACCUCCCUCAACCCAUCCGUUAAACAACUGAUCCUUAUUGGCGACCAUAAGCAGCUUCGUCCUAAAGUCAAUAACUACAACCUCACCGUGGAAAAAGGCGAAGGGUUUGAUCUUAACGUGUCACUUUUCGAGCGUCUCAUCAGACAAGGCCAUGAGUUUGCCGUUCUCCAGGAACAACACCGGAGUCACCCGGAUAUCUCUCAAUUUGCGCGUCUUUUAGCAUAUCCGGAGCUGAAAGAUGUACUGAAAACGCACAGCUAUCAGCCGAUACGUGGACUGCAGAAGAGAGUUGUAUUUGUACAUCAUGAGCAUCCAGAGGAACUGCUGAAUAAUGUUUCCGACCGGCGAGACCCAACUUCAAAAGCCAGCAAGAAGAAUACAUUUGAAGCGCAGAUGGUUUUGAAAACGGUCAAAUAUCUGAGUCAACAAGGCUACAAGUCAGAGAACAUGGUCGUUCUCACUCCGUACAUGGGUCAGCUUUCAUUGCUGAGACAAACGUUGAGCGAGAUAAAUGACCCGUAUCUGAACGAAUUAGACACCCAUGAGCUGGUACGCGCUGGAUUAAUGACGCAAGCUGCUUCCAAGGCCGCCAAAGCAAGACUGCGAUUGUCAACAGUCGAUAACUACCAGGGAGAGGAAAGUGAUAUCGUGAUUGUAUCAAUGGCCAGAAGCAACAAAAACGGUGAUAUCGGCUUUCUAGUAGCCCGAGAGCGACUAGUUGUGCUAAUGUCACGAGCGAGACAAGGACUUAUUCUGUUUGGAAACAUGAACACUUUUUUGGCUAGCAAGAAAGGCAAAGAACUCUGGAAAGGCUACUUUGAUGCUAUGAAAGAGAAAGGAUUCCUGUUCGAUGGAUUACCGGUUCACUGCGAACAGCAUCCAGACCGGCUUUCUCUUCUCCAGAAACCUCAGGAUUUUGAUCAACAUUGUCCUGAUGGGGGUUGUGCAGAGUCAUGUGGUGCUACUCUUGGUUGCGGGAAGCACACGUGCGAACGUAGAUGUCAUCGCUUAACGAAUCAUUCUCAGGUACCUUGCACGAAAAUGAUGCAGAAACUCUGCGAACGCGGCCAUAAGAUGAAGUACAUGUGUGGCAAAGAGAACCAAGGUUGCAAGUCGUGCGCCAAAGAAGACGAAGAAAUGCGACGGAGGAUUCAGCGCGACUUGGAGAUGGAAAAGAGGAGACAAGAGCGACAAGAUAAAUAUCAUCGUGAUCUACAGGAAAUGGAUGAUGAAAUUGAUCAUCAUAAACGCCUGAUGAAGUACAACCAAGAGGAGGAAGAUCAAGCAAAAGAAAUCGCAGAAAAGAAAGCACACUUGACAAGGCUUAAAGAAACAAAAGCUAGAAUGGAAGCGUCAAAAGCCGCAGCCAGCAAACAGAAGAACGCCAACGAAAAGGAAAAGGAGAAGAUUAGAGAGGAGCGAUCCUCCACUGAUUGGACAGAUCCGGACCUCCCAGCACAGGAAUGGGAGACUAUGAAACGAGAAGAUGGAGCUCGCAACGACGCUCUGGACGAGCUCAUGGGACUGAUCGGUUUGGAGUCAGUAAAGAGGGAAUUUCUCUCGAUCAAAUACAAUGUUGACACUAAAAUCCGUCAGGGCGUCGCCCUUUCCGACACACGACUCAGUUGCUCACUCCUUGGAAACCCUGGAACAGGUAAAACAACUGUGGCUCGUAUAUGGGGUAAAUUCCUCACUGGAAUAGGAGCUAUCCCAGGCGACUGUUUCAAGGAAACUACGGGGUCCAAGCUAGCAAACAUGGGUGUCAAGGGAUGCGAAGAUCUACUGGAAAAGAUUAAAGAGGAUGGCGGCGGCGUCUUGUUUAUCGACGAAGCCUAUCAGUUGUCAUCAGGUAACAGCCCAGGCGGCAAAGCAGUGCUGGAUUAUCUCCUUGCCGAGGUUGAAAAUCUUCGUGGGAAGGUUGUCUUUGUUCUUGCUGGCUAUUCCAAACAGAUGGAAACCUUUUUCGCCCACAAUCCUGGGUUUCCCAGCCGGUUCCCCAUUGAAAUGAACUUUGAAGAUUAUACUGACGAGGAGCUGCGGCGAAUUCUCAAGCGUCAGGUCAAUCGCAAGUAUAACAACAAGAUGGGGAUCGAAGACGGUCCAGACGGUCUCUACUUUCGCAUUGCCGCUCGUCGCGUUGGGCGAGGUAGAGGCAAAGAAGGCUUUGGUAAUGCGAGGGCCAUCGAGAAUACCCUCGCUCGCAUAGAGAAGAGACAGGCAAACAGAAUUCGGCUUGAACGCCGAGCCAAAAAGUCUCCCAAUGACUUCCUCUUUACUAAAGAAGAUAUCAUCGGCCCAGAACCAUCGCUAUCUUUGCAAAAUUGCAAAGCAUGGAAAAGGAUGAAUGAGAUGAUAGGGCUCAAAGAAGUCAAGCAGCAAGUGAAGAUACUGCUCGACUCGCUGACGACCAACUACGAGCGCGAACUUGCUGAAGAGCCUUUAAUACAGUUUACCCUCAAUCGAGUAUUCCUUGGAUCUCCUGGAACAGGCAAAACAACAGUCGCUAAGCUGUAUGGCGAGAUUCUCGCAACGCUUGGUCUCUUGUCCAAUGGAGAGUUAGUGGUGAAAACUCCGGCAGAUUUCGUCGGCUCUCACUUGGGACACUCAGAAGCUCAGACGAAGGGCAUUCUUGCCUCAACAAUCGGGAAAGUGCUUGUAAUUGACGAAGCAUACGGCCUAUACGGCGGAAAGGGGGUUACCGACCCUUACAAAACAGCGGUUAUAGAUACGAUUGUGGCAGAGGUCCAAAACGUGCCAGGCGAUGAUCGUUGCGUCAUCCUCAUAGGCUAUCAGGAACAAAUGGAAGAAAUGUUCCAAAAUGUCAAUCCAGGUCUAAGCCGACGGUUCUCAGUUGACACACCAUUCAUGUUUGAAGAUUUUGACGAUGAUGCGUUGAGGCAAGUGUUGGAUUUGAAGCUAAAGGUUUCAGGCUUCACCACAACGGGAGAAGGAAAAACCGCUGCACUCGAUGUGCUUAUCAGAGAACGGAACAGGUCUAAUUUCGGCAAUGGUGGCGCAAUUGAGAAUCUUCUAAGUAAAGCAAAGGCUUCUUACCAAAAACGUCUUUCUGCUGGAACAAUAAAGAAGAACCAACUGGAGGCAGAAGACUUUGACGAAGACUUUGACAGAGCCACAAGAAAGGAGACAAACGUGAGACAGCUGUUCCAAGAUGAUGUUGGACGUGAAGAAAUUAUUCAGAAGCUCGAAAAUAUCCAGUCACGAGUGAGACAAUUGAAGGCUGUCGGAAUGGAUGUCAAAGAAGAGAUCCCAUUCAACUUUCUGUUCCGAGGACCUCCUGGUACGGGGAAGACGACCACAGCGCGAAAGAUGGGCAAAGUCUACUACGAUAUGGGCUUUCUUUCUAAGGCUACGGUGGAAGAAUGCUCGGCCACAGAUUUGAUUGGGGAGUAUGUCGGCCACACCGGACCCAAGGUUCAAAAGGUUCUCGAAAAGUCGCUCGGAAGGGUAUUGCUCAUUGACGAGGCUUAUCGAUUUGCCGAGGGAAAAUUCGCCAAAGAGGCUAUCGAUGAACUCGUAGAUUGCGUGACGAAAGUCAAGUAUCAAGGAAAACUCAUCAUCAUCCUAGCUGGGUAUGAACACGAUAUAAAUCGGCUAUUGUCUGUGAACGCCGGUUUGACAAGCCGCUUCCCUGAAACCAUCGACUUCAAGCCACUCGAACCAGAUGCCUGUUUCCGGCUUCUUUGUGACCUUUUGAGAAAGAGAAAGGCCGAUCUCUCAAGUAAAAACAAAGACAUGGACAUAAGUUGCCUGGAAACCCCAUCUGCAUUAUUUCUUAGCAGGUGUACGGCCAUUAUUACCUCACUAACAACCACUGAGGGAUGGGCGAGUGCACGAGAUGUAAAGCAGCUUGCUAGAAACGUCUUCCGAACGGUAAAUUUGGAGGCACCAUCCCUCAAACUGGAAGACAAAAGAGUUAUCCAAGAGCUUAAUAGAAUGUUGCGAGACCGCCAAUCCAAGAUGAACAAAUCCGGUUCUCCUGUUAAUAUGGAAGAUGAUGAAGCGGAUUCUUCGUCCACGCCACCAGCCCCUCCUAAUACUGGUCUACCGAGUCACAGCCAUACCACUCAGGAAUUCACGAAUGGCGGUGAGACAAAUGAUAUGGAUGAACCGACUGAUGAAACAAGUAAAGAGCUUGAAUCACCAGAUGAUGGCAAGUCUCGUCGAGCAGUUCGAGACGCAGGUGUAAGCGAUGAAGUCUGGGAACAACUGCAGAAGGAUCAAGCCGAAGAAGCGCGGAGGGAGGCAGAAUAUCGUGACCUUUUGGAAGCCCGUAAAAGCGCUGAAGCCGCUCGAAAGGAAAUAUCGAGAGAAUUAGCUGAGGGCAAGGAAAUGAAAGAAGAAGAACGUCAAAGACUGGUGGAGGCGAAGAAGAAAGCUGAGGCUGCUCGCGAAAAGAUUCUGCGCGAGCUGAUUGAUCAAGAAGAGCGUCGAAAGAAAGAGGAAGCACAAAAGGCAAAACUAAGAGUCUUGGGAAAGUGCCCAGUAGGUUAUGCUUGGAUUAAACAGGCGUCGGGAUAUCGUUGUGCUGGCGGCUCUCAUUUCAUGUCCGAUACUGAGAUUGACAAGUAUUCAGGGUAGAUUGAGCUGGACCGAGAUAGGUAGAUAUGUUGACUUAUGUGCACCUCCUUCAUUGGCAUGAU